AGAAGAAGUAGCUGCUGCUGCCAGUUGUACCCGCGAGCUGGAUGCUAGUAGCGAUUAGCUCGGUUUUCAUUUCAGCUACUUGUAUACAUUAAACCUAAGUUUAAAAGAGCGAGCUGCAAAGUGUGCCGUGCGCUGUCUCCAUCGAGAAUCAAGAGAGAGAGAGAGAGAGAGAGAGCGAGACGGAGGAGGAUACGGUAGAUCGCGCGCCCUCUCCGCGGAGUUAUUCAGUGCGGCGGUUGCGAGACAGAGAAGGAGCUAACCCCGACAAUAAGUUCUCUCUCCUCUCUGCGGGCAACAUUCCUAUAGCCUCUCUUCACCGCGACGACGACGACGACGACGACGACGACGAGGGGGAUCAACGUCGGGACCAGUAGUUGCUCUAGUGCCUCGAGUGCGGCGUGUGCGUGUGCGUGGAGAAAGAGAGAGGCCGAGUUUUGUAUUAUAAAAGGGAGACAGGAGACAGUAGGAGAGAAUAGCAUAGAGAGCGGAGUGUGUGCGAAAAUGCCGAAGCGUCAGAGGAGAGACAGCGAGGUGCGUUCGAGACGGUAAAAAUAAGCCACGCCGCGAGGCUCUCUCAUACUCGCGCUCUGUGUUCGCGCUGUUUCUCUACUACACUCUUUCUCUCUCUCUCUCUCUCUCUCGCGCGCGCGACGACGACGGACGGACACUGCUAUCCGCCGCUGCUUUGCGAACGACAGUUCGCUAUUCGGCUUUUCUCUCUCUGGCGCUCGCUCGCUCGCCGCUCUGCUGUCGCCGUCACCGCCGUCGCCUGCAGUUAGUGUGUUCGUCGCGCGAGAGUAACAGCAGCCUGCAGCAGCACCGGGAUAUCGUAUCGUCUGCCGCCGCGGCUCUGCAUCGACUCCUCGAGGGAGAGAGGAAUUGCAAGAGAAGACAGGUGCACAGAGGGAGAGAGAGAGAGAGAGAGAGAGAGGAGAACGGUCGAAUACCCGCGGAGCCCACAAGGAGCAGAGGCGCUGACUGGAUCAUCAUCCGCCUCGCCACCAACGAGCCUCUUAACCUACACACAGACUCUCGACUCCCGUUCUCCGACACCACCAAAGCUCCGUCGUCUCGAGAAAAUGGACACAAACAACAUCAAGGACAAGAAUAAAAAAGGCAAAAAUGGUGAACCAGCUGAGGAGGCCAACAAGACGGCGAGUAGCUCGCCAAAUUCCAACAUACCGCCGCCCCCGACGCAGAUCAACAAAAUCAAAUAUCAGCCGGGUGGACCCGUUAUCAAAAAGGACAAGCGCCAGAGCAGUUCGAGAUUCAACGUGUCCAAAAAUCGCGAACUUCAAAAGCUUCCUCUGCUUUCUGAAGUACAAGCAGGCGAGGAGCGCGAGGAGUUGUUCAUCCAGAAGCUGCGCCAGUGCUGCGUCCUUUUCGAUUUCGAGUCCGACCCUCUAUCCGACCUGCAAUGGAAGGAGGUGAAGCGCGCCGCGCUUCACGACAUGGUGGAGUACGUGACCAAAAACAGGAACGUCAUCACCGAGGCCAUCUACCCAGAGGCCGUCAAUAUGUUCGCCGUAAACUUGUUCCGGACUCUGCCGCCGUCGUCGAAUCCCAACGGCGCCGAGUUCGAUCCCGAGGAAGACGAGCCGACGUUGGAGGUGGCCUGGCCACACCUGCAGUUCGUUUACGAGUUCUUUCUGCGCCUGCUCGAGUCGCCCGACUUUCAGCCGUCGAUCGCCAAGCGAUACAUCGAUCACAAGUUCAUCCUGCAGCUGCUCGAGCUCUUCGACUCGGAAGACCCGAGAGAGCGGGACUUCCUCAAGACGACCCUGCACAGGAUCUACGGCAAAUUCCUCGGGCUCAGGGCCUACAUACGCAAGCAAAUCAACAAUGUCUUCUAUCGGUUUAUCUACGAGACCGAGCAUCACAACGGCAUAGCUGAGCUUCUAGAGAUUCUGGGAAGUAUUAUCAACGGCUUCGCAUUGCCUCUAAAGGAGGAGCACAAGACCUUUUUGUUGAAAGUCCUUCUGCCUCUGCACAAGGCUAAAUCGCUGUCGGUUUAUCAUCCGCAGCUCGCCUACUGCGUCGUCCAGUUCCUCGAGAAGGAUGCCUCGCUCACGGAGCCGGUCAUCAAGAAUCUUCUCAAGUUCUGGCCCAAGACGCACUCGCCGAAGGAGGUCAUGUUCCUCAACGAGCUCGAAGAGAUACUCGACGUCAUCGAGCCCGCUGAGUUCCAAAAGGUCAUGGAUCCGCUCUUCAGGCAACUGGCGAAGUGCGUUUCCUCGCCACACUUCCAAGUGGCCGAGAGAGCACUGUACUAUUGGAAUAACGAGUACAUUAUGUCACUUAUUUCGGACAACUACUCCGUAAUUUUGCCUAUAAUGUAUCCAGCGCUCUAUAAAAAUUCCCGCAAUCACUGGAACAAAACGAUACACGGUCUAAUUUAUAAUGCAUUAAAGCUUUUCAUGGAAAUGAACCAAAAGGUGUUCGAUGAAUGUACGCAACAAUAUCAUCAGGAUCGACAGAAGGAACGAAAAAUGCUGAAAGACAGAGAUGAAGCGUGGACACGAGUGGAGGCGUUAGCUAUGAGGCAUCCAUCGUGCGGAUCUAAAGGCGGAGUACCAAAUAACAAUCCAUUCAUAACGUCACAAAAUGAUAAUAACUCGCCGCCCGAAGAAGACGGCGAAAACGAGCAAAUCACACUAACAGCCGAAAAAAUCGAAGCGAGAGCUAAUGAAGUAAGUAUACAAAAUAUCUCGAACUUCGAUCUGUCCAGGUGAAAAAAGUAUCGAAUGUAAACAAAGUAAAACAGCUAUUACGGAGGAAAAGCGAGCUGCCCCAAGAUUCCUACACGAUUAGGGCGCUCUCGGAUCACAAACGAGCGGAUGAGUACCUUGUUACACCGCCCGACCCCAGCAACUGCUAGUCUCUGCCUCGCUCUCUUCCACUUAAUUUUUUGAUGCGCAGCACCGAGGUCAGAAGUUAGUUUCUUUCCUUACACUCUGAUCAAGUCGACUACUGAACGCCAAGAGGAUUAAAUGAAACUCGUCGGGGAUCGCGCGUAACCUUAGUUAGUUUAAAAGAAGAAAAAUGAGUGAGAAUGGGGGUGUGACUGUAAUAUAUAUAUACAUAUACAUAAAUGAGUUUUUCAAUUUUUUAAGCUGGCUGAUGAGUUCUGCAAACCAUUCGAAUAAAACAUAAAUGUCGCUGUACUAUUCUUUGUACUCAAACGGUAUGUGUGCGCGCGCGUCCUUUGAAGCAAGGAACAUGAAUGUCAUGAUUAAAUAAGAUUUUUUGUACAAAAAAAUAAUAAGAAACAAAUGAGAAUACGCUUCGCUUUAUUUGAAUAAAUCGAAAAGUUGUCGAAACGCGUUAUUUAAUCUGCGAGUUUUUAAAAGCAUGACAUAUAUGACAAAAGUAAUAUCGAACGCCAGUCGUUUAUAUAGGAUAUUCAUUAGCAUGAAUUGCUUCUGUGUUAUCGUUCCAAUCUUAUAUAAAACUUGUAACCAAUCGCAACAAAAGCAAAAUGUAAACGAUCGCGCAGUGAACUAUAUGAACGUUAUAUCCGUUGUGCCUCCGUGUGUUAAACAAAACGCUUAUUGUCAUCUUUGAGAAUUUCAUUUCUCUUUAGGGUCACUUAUCCAUUGACAGCAGGAAGAUAAAUUUAUCAUCAAAUUACAGUCGGAUUUCAAGAAUUCGAUAAUCCUUCGCUUUAAUAGUGUAUUGUUAAAACAGUCAUGCGUGACUCGAAAAGAAAAAUUUCACUGUUGUGGCCAAAUAUAAGAAAGGAAAGCAAAACGCAUAAAAAAAAACAUGUUACAAACACAUAAUCUUUGCGCUGCUGGCAGGCUGUUAUGUUAAUAUUGCUAAUAUACCUUGUUAAAAAUGAUAUAAGAACUCGUAAAUAAAUAAAAGAAAUAUUUCGAAUUUAAGCUGCAAAUGAAAAAAAUUUUGAGAAUUUGAUUUUACUCAUUAAUUUGUAUCCUCUCAAAGGAAAAGGACCGUCUCUGCUAAAAGUUGAUUAUUUGUAGAAUUAUACUAUUAUAGCGUUUAAUAUUAUUAUUAAAUGUUGAUGUGAAUACACAUAUGGGAAGAGUUAUAAAGAAAAGAGCUAACUUUACGAGCUUUUAUUAAGGGACUGUUGCGAAGUCUCGCUAUUUCGAGCCUUGGAGCUUGUUUUCGCGACACUCGUACUGACGAAUCUUCACUUUGGAAUAAUGAUCAAUUUUUCCAAAUACUGUGGAAACAUAAUCAAAGAUAUGUAAACAUAAAAACUUGCGAAGAUUCGUCAUUUUUAAAAGCAUACACCCGAGUUCGAUGACUCAUUAAUCGUUGAUCGAUCCAUCAUAGCUUUGUUGUAAGAACAGUCUUACACAUGUUCAUGUAAUAGCUCAAUUGAAUGUUGUACUAUGUUUGAAUGUAUAUACAAACUAAAAAAAAAGAAAAUCCUCGAAAAACUUAGUUUUACGAGAGAAUAGCUGAGUGAGUUGUUUGUACUCUAGUGUAUGCCGCGAAGUUAUUGUGCAUCGUACCGCUAGAGUUUUAUUUCUAUGGGUAACAGCAUGCUCUCACUAUCUUUCCUUUGUUCAUGAGGUUGAACGACAUUUUUCGUAGGAAUUUACAGAUUCUUGCAUGCGCAUUUAAACAGCAGGAUAAUGACUAAAACUCUUCCAUUUCUCUUCAUGAAUUCCAUCACUGCGUUUUGUAACAAUUGUAUGUUCCUAUGAUUCUUUUACGCUGAAGAGACUUUUGUACUCUGCCGAAAAAUCAAGGAAUGCUAAUCGAACGAUUGAAAGAUGGCAUUAAUUUAUGCGAUUGUAAAUACUGUAUAAAAGUAAAGAUUUCGUGAGACCGA